UUACAUCUUCUGUGACACCUUUAAUCCAUAACGUAUUUAUAUAGGACUUUUGGGAAGGCCGUUGUGUGUGAGCGGUCUUCACUGCAGUACUGAAGUUGUUAUCUUUCAACGCUGUGGAGACUCUGAGGUCGAGUUGGUUCCACAAGAGAGAUGGGGUGUUUUAGAAAGAUAAUACCGAGGCGGAAAAUGGCGGUGGUUCUUGGCGUGAUUGCCGGCUCUCUCCUGUGGCUCAUGACGAAUCACAUCGAGGGAAAUCCAGAUUUGGAGCUCGACAGCGUCGACAAGGCAACUCUCUUGCAAGGCAGAAGCCGAGUCGUACCGUUUCCAAACGCCGAAGGACCCGUGCCGGCUCCGAACGCCGGAGGAGGACUCGUAUCGGCUCCGGGCGCUGGAGCACCCGUCAAACGAGUCCUGAUCUUCGGCGACAAAGAGGGAACGGAAGAGUGGUUUGAACUCAAUGACAUCUUAUCUGUGUUUCGACAAAACAGUCAGGGUCUUUGGGUUGGCCGUUUUGAUUGUCCAAAACACGGCACCACCAUCGAGUAUACAUUGACUAGUGAUGUAAAACAAUUUGAAGGCAAGGACGCGAUCAUAUUCGGGAUGCUUCCGAAGAUUUUCAGCUUGCAUGGUGCUGCUUUGGUACAACUUCAACCGAAAAAAAACCAAACAUGGCUUUACUACAGUACCGAAACUCCGUACAGAGUGGGUUCUUGGACUGGCUCUCUGGUCAUGGAAAAGCUCAAAUAUCACGUCAUGAUGACGUAUAGACGGGAUUCUGAAAUUCCAAUUCCAUUCGGUUACUACAGAGAAGGCGUACCAGCUGCAAAUCAUGGAAAAGCAGUACUUGAUCUGACGCAAAAGAAGGAUCUGAUUGUUUGGAUCGCCAGCAACUGUGCCCAAGUGACAUGGCCAAGGUUUCCAUUCAUGGAGCAGCUAAGAGAACUUUUACCUGUUCGUGCUUACGGACAUUGUGGCAAUCUCACUUGCCUUCCAAUGCGAUCCCACCGCUGCAACCAAUUAUUCAAGAGCUUCAAGUUCCACCUUGCGCUAGCUAACAGCGAAUGCCGGGAGUACAUCACAGAGAAGUUCUGGACAAAUUCUCUCAUGUACGACGUCGUGCCAGUAGUCUACGGCGCACCCAAAGCAGAUUUCGAGAAACUAGCCCCACCAAAUUCCUUCAUUCACGUCAGUGACUUUUCCACUCUGGAAGACCUUGCAGACUACAUCAAACUUCUGGACCAAAACGACGAUAUGUAUCUGAAGUAUUUUGAGUGGAAGACAAAGGGUGCGGUGACCCCAUAUUUUCCAGUUACUCUACCGACACUUUGCAACAUUGUACCCCAUCUUUUUAACGGGACCACGCAGUCCAUUAAAACAAUCAAGAAUUCGCCUUGGUAUAACAACUGCAGAGAGACUCGACCAAACCCACAUAUUCCUUACAAAACAUUUGUAAAAGAAAUACAAAUCAAGAAGUACCCUUCAUGGAAACCAUGGAAAUUAGACGUUUUUAAACCAAAUAUUUCAUCUGAAGUGCUCAGUCGUGCACCCUGAGUUUCAAAAACUGAUCAACAAUGUAUUAUAUCCGAUGUGUUUUUAGUGACCAUGGCUUUUUUUGUUUUACUGUUUUGCUUAAACUACUGAGGCACAAGACAAGUUUGGUAAAAUUGUCAAAGACCAUUAUUCUAACUUGGUGUAUCUCA